UCAUCAGAUGAAGGAGUGAUAUUGAAACAUGACAAAAACCUGGACUAAUUAAAAGUUUUCCUAUUUCAGGAAAAAAACCCCCAAAAUGUAUAGAUCAGGGGAGACAGUCAAACGUCGACUCAACAUGCAUGCUCCUCCUCGGAUAAGAAGUGUGGAAGUUGCUAGAGGAAGAGCAGGUUAUGGGUUUACCCUUUCUGGACAAGCUCCUUGUGUUCUAAGUUGUGUUAUGAAAGGAAGCCCUGCAGAUUAUGUUGGACUUAAAGCAGGAGAUCAGAUAUUUGCCGUUAAUGAAAUCAAUGUGAAAAAAGCCUCUCAUGAAGAUGUAGUGAAACUUAUAGGAAAAUGUUCUGGAGUCCUGCACAUGGUCAUUGCUGAAGGGAUUAGUCAUUUAGAUUCAUGUUCAAGUGAUGAAGAAGUUGGUUUUUAUGAUGGAAAAGGGUGGCUGAAACCCAAACCAGACUCUAAAGCUCUGGGUAUAAACAGAGCAGAGAAAGUUGUUGAAGAAAUGCAGUCUGGGGGCAUUUUCAACAUGAUCUUUGAGAAUCCUACUCUUUGUUCUGGUAACUCAGAUAACUCUGCACCAAAACAAAGAUCCUUUUCAGAUUCUGCUGCUAUGAGAUUUGAAACUGGAAAUGAAGGUGUAAGCAAUCCAAACCUACUGUCAAAGGAAGAAAUAUCCAAAGUUUUGAAUGAUGAUUCAGUUUUUAGAAUUGGACUGGAGAGCGCAGAAGACUUUGGAUUAGAUGCAAGCAUUUUAAAUGUUGCCAUGAUUGUAGGUUACCUAGGCUCAAUUGAACUUCCUUCAACAACCUCAAAUUUGGAAAAUGAGAGUUUGCAGGCUAUUCGUGGAUGCAUGAGACGUCUACGGGCAGAACAAAAAAUCCAUUCACUAGUGAUGAUGAAGAUAAUGCAUGACUGCAUUCAGCUCUGCAGUGACAAAUCAGGUGUAGUGGCAGAAUAUCCUGCAGAGAAACUGGCAUUCAGUGCUGUUUGCCCGGAUGAUAGGAGAUUCUUUGGAUUAGUUACAAUGCAGACAAAUGAUGAUGCAAGCUUGGCUCAGGAAGAUGAAGGGGUUCUGAGGACAUCUUGCCAUGUUUUUAUGGUGGAUCCUGAAUUAUUUCAUCAUAAAAUUCACCAGGGCAUAGCAAGACGUUUUGGACUGGAAUGUACAGCAGAUCCAGACACAAAUGGCUGUCUAGAGUUUCCAACAUCAUCUCUGCCUGUUCUUCAGUUCAUUUCUGUCCUGUACAGGGAUAUGGGGGAGCUGAUUGAGGGAAUGCGUGCGAGGGCUUUUCUUGAUGGUGAUGCAGAUGCUCAUCAGAAUAAUAGUACAAGCAGUAACAGUGAUAGUGGAAUUGGAAAUUUUAACCAAGAAGAAAAGAAUAAUAGAGUUCUGGUGGUUGAUUUAGGGAGCAAUCCGAGUAAACACAUUCCUAACAGUAUAUGGGAAAAUCCAGUAGGAAGGGGACAAAAUCAGCCUGCUUCCCAUUGGAAUGGCUUCUGUCAUGAACAAGAAGGAAUCGUUCCUUUAGAAGUAAUUCCGAAUGAUAAGUCCCAAAAUGUAAGCAAACACUUAAGUCCCUCUGCUCGUAUUGAAGUUCCACUCGUUUCCUCCCGAAAUUCAGUACCCCCAUCAAAGAAAAGCACUGCAGGCAAUCAGAGGUGGUUGCCCGUGCACGUUUUACAAGAAUGGCAGCAUGGAAAUGCCAGCGACCAGGAGUCCUACACUGAUUCUACAGAUGGCUGGUCAAGUGUUAACUGUGGAACUCUUCCCCCACCAAUGAGCAAGAUUCCAGCUGACAGAUACAGAGUUGAUGGCAAUUUUGGUCAGCCGCAGUUAAAAUCUCAUAAAAAUGAAUGGUCUAAGAAGAUGUUUUGCAUGCAGAACAAAUUUGGCCCUCCGCACAGUAUUAGGAAGUCUAAAGAAGAUAAAAAGGCUGCAAAAUUUGGACAUCCAAUGGGAUUAAAUCAGGCUCCUCCCCCACGUUCUUCUGUUCGAAGAUCAUUUGGAAGAUCUAAGCGAUUUAGUAUUACUCGUUCUCUGGAUGACCUUGAG